AUGGCCAAGGAGGGAGCGCAGCGAGCCGAGGAGACGGAGCACAUGAUCGACAAGGAGGGCGGCAGGGAGGCGGCCGAGGGCGGCGCGGGCGGCAGCCUGCGCGCCGGGGACGCCAAGGAGAUGCGAGCCGUGGUGCUGUCCGCCUUCGGGGGGCUCAACAAGCUCCGCGUGUCCAAGAAAGCCAUGCCGGAGCCGCAGGAGGGCGAGCUGAAGAUCCGCGUCAAAGCCUGUGGUUUGAACUUUAUUGAUUUGAUGGUGCGACAGGGGAAUAUUGACAACCCUCCUAAGACACCGCUUGUUCCUGGGUUUGAAUGUUCUGGAAUUGUAGAAGCUCUUGGAGACAGCGUGAAAGGAUUUGAGAUUGGAGACAGAGUCAUGGCUUUUGUAAAUUAUAAUGCCUGGGCUGAAGUUGUGUGUACCCCAGUAGAAUUUGUCUACAAGAUCCCAGAUGACAUGAGUUUUUCUGAAGCUGCUGCAUUUCCCAUGAACUUUGUAGCUGCCUACAUGAUGCUCUUUGAGGUUGCUAACCUGAGAGAAGGCAUGUCUGUGCUGGUUCACUCAGCAGGAGGUGGGGUGGGUCAAGCUGUUGCUCAGCUCUGUUCAACCAUUCCCAAUGUUACUGUUUUUGGAACAGCUUCAUCUUUCAAACAUGAAGCAAUCAAAAAUUCGGUAACUCACCUGUUUGACAGGAAUGCAGAUUAUGUUCAAGAAGUAAAAAGAAUCUCAGUGGAUGGAGUAGAUAUUGUUUUGGACUGUCUUUGUGGAGAAAAUACUGGAAAAGGCCUCAGUCUUCUCAAACCACUUGGGACUUAUAUUUUAUAUGGUUCAUCUAACAUGGUUACUGGGGAGACAAAAAGCUUCUUCAGUUUUGCAAAAUCAUGGUGGCAGGUUGAGAAAGUAAAUCCUAUCAAGCUGUAUGAGGAGAACAAAGUCAUUGCUGGAUUUUCCUUGUUGAAUCUACUUUUCAAACAGAAUCGAGGUGGCCUGAUCAAGGGUGUGAUGGACAAACUCCUAAAUCUAUAUAACAGUAAGAAGAUCAAGCCUGUGGUUGAUUCAUUAUGGGCUUUGGAAGAGGUGAAGGAGGCCAUGCAGAGAAUCCAUGACCGAGGAAAUAUAGGAAAACUCAUUCUGGAUGUGGAGAAAGCACCCACUCCCCUGAUGGCCAACGACAGCACGGAGACGAGCGAGGCUGGGGAGGAGGAGGAGGACCACGAAGGGGACAACGAGAACAAGGAGCGCAUGCCCUUCAUCCAGUAG